CAUAUUGUGCAGAAUGGAGGAUUAUACAAAAAGCCUUUCAAUGAAGCCUUUGAGGAAACGCCGAUGCUGGUUGCCGUGCUCACCUACGUAGGCUAUGGUGUUCUCACUCUCUUCGGAUACCUGCGAGAUUUCCUGCGGCAGUGGAAGAUUGAGAAGUGUCAAAAUGCAACAGAAAGAGAGGAGCAGAAGGACUUUGUCCCAUUGUAUCAGGACUUUGAAAAUUUCUACAACAGGAACCUCUACAUGCGCAUUCGAGACAGCUGGAACAGACCAAUUUGCAGUGUGCCAGGGGCCAAAGUGGACAUGAUGGAGAGAGUUUCCCAUGACUAUAACUGGACAUUCACGUACACUGGAAGAGUGAUAAAGGAUGUUAUUAAUAUGGGUUCCUACAACUAUCUUGGAUUUGCACAGAAUAGUGGGGCUUGCCAAGAAGCAGCAGCUGAAGUUCUGUCCCGGUACGGAGCUGGAGUGUGCAGCACGAGGCAGGAGAUGGGCAACUUGGACAAACAUGAGGAGCUGGAAAAGCUAGUCGCUAGAUUCCUAGGCGUGGAGUCUGCGAUGGCGUAUGGGAUGGGCUUUGCGACCAACUCCAUGAACAUUCCCGCUUUAGUUAGCAAGGGCUGUCUGAUUUUGAGUGAUGAACUGAAUCACGCAUCGCUAGUGCUUGGCGCGAGGCUGUCGGGAGCAACUAUUCGAGUCUUUAAGCACAACAAUAUGCAAAGCCUGGAGAAGCUGCUCAGAGAUGCUAUUGUGCAUGGGCAACCUCGUACGCGAAGGCCCUGGAAAAAAAUCCUUAUCCUGGUGGAAGGAAUAUACAGUAUGGAGGGAUCCAUAGUCCGUUUGCCUGAAGUGAUUGCCCUUAAGAAGAAGUACAAAUCCUACCUGUACCUUGAUGAAGCUCAUAGUAUAGGUGCCCUGGGUCCCAGUGGCCGGGGUGUAGUGGAGUAUUUUGGACUUAAUCCUGAAGAUGUGGAUGUCAUGAUGGGAACAUUCACCAAAAGCUUUGGAGCUGCUGGAGGCUACAUUGGAGGCAAGAAGGAGUUGAUUGAUUACCUCAGGAUACAUUCUCACAGUGCUGUGUAUGCAACAUCCCUGUCACCUCCUGUUGUGCAGCAGAUCAUCACCUCCAUGAAGUGUAUUAUGGGUGAAGAUGGUUCAUCUAUCGGGAAAACUUGUGUGCAGCAGCUGGCAGAGAACACAAGGUAUUUCAGAAGAAGACUGAAAGAGAUGGGCUUUAUCAUCUAUGGAAAUGAAGAUUCCCCUGUUGUGCCUCUUAUGCUGUACAUGCCAGCAAAAAUUGGCGCGUUUGGGCGCGAGAUGCUGAAGCGGAACAUUGGUGUCGUGGUGGUGGGAUUCCCUGCAACCCCAAUCAUCGAGUCCAGAGCCAGGUUCUGUUUGUCUGCAGCUCAUACCAAAGAGAUACUUGAUACAGCUUUAAAAGAAAUCAGUGAAGUUGGGGACCUUUUGCAAGUGAAAUAUUCCCGUCACCGGUUGGUACCUCUCUUGGACCGGCCAUUCGAUGAGACUACAUAUGAAGAAACAGAAGACUGAACUCCCUCCAUGUGCCUUGGUGGGAGGAGCACACCCCAUGGGACACUGUGUGGCACGCAAGCCGCAGAGUCCGUGAACAACACACUUAGGACUGCUUAGCAUACAAGACAUUUCCUCACGAUACUGAAGUGGCCACAUCAGCUCUAAAUGGCAUUUUGUAAAUAGGGAGAGGAAACAAAAGCUUUGAUUCCUGUAUCUUCAGGGUCUGGCCCUAGAGGUGCUUGGCUUUAUUUUUUCGUACUGUUUUUUUUUAUUUAUUUGUCACAAUGAAUUCACGGCAACCCUCGUUGGCUGUGGGUGAUCAGCUCUGACUUUGUAUGCACCAUUAGCCUUCCCAAUGCUGGCUGAGAUGUUGUGAGCAUGUGUGAUGCUGGCAUGGCAGCAUUCCCAGUGUCACUGCUAGGUGUCUGACCUUCCCUGUAAGGAGCAAGCUGACUUGUCUGAUCAUUCAGGAACUCCUAGAGAAAGCGUUGUUUGCUAACUUCACCUUAUUUAACAAGAGGGGUAAUCAACCAAAGCAUUUUUCUUUUGCAGUUACUUGUGUUUAAAACCUAAAGUUAGCCUUUUUUUUUAAAUAAAUGUGUUGUUGACAAGUCACUGACAGGACCAUUGUUCCCAAACAUUAGGUUUGUAAGCCACAAGCAGAUCUCUUCUGGGAUAGCCUCUUUCCCUUCCCAGUAUGGAUACCAGACUGCCUCCUGGUUUUAACAGUAACUGUCCUCUUGAAACAGAGUGAGUGAUUAAGAGAUGGUUUUCUUCAUAGGCUGAGAUUUUUUUCUUCCUUCUGACAUACUUCUCAUUUGUUCCUAAGAAGGUUUAGUGAGAUUUAUUUUCUCAUUUACCAAUGAAUUUAUCUUUUACUUGAAAACUGUCAUAAAACCAUGAACAAGCAUAUCUGGUAAGUGCUAGGUUCUAGAAGGAUAUUCUUGAAAUCAAAUAAAAGCAAGCCUUGUGCUUCCUGGUAAGAUCAGAACCUCUCAAAAAUCAGGGGUAUGCAAUGGAUGACUACUAGGAAAAACACUUAUUUCACGCAGAUCUGUGAAGGAGUGAUUGCUGCCUUUUACCACAUUAAUUCACUGUUUCUUGUCAUAUAUGAGAUGUUUGUCAUUGGCCUCGCUGUGCAAGGCUUUUAUGCAAACAGUAUAGACAGCCUGGGUCUUGUAUCAAGCCUAUUUUUUAGGUAACCACAAAAUCUCUCAUCUGGUAGCUGCAUGUCUAUAUAGGCCUUUCCUGAAAAGAGAAUGUGCUCACAAUUGCAUUGAGUUUGAAAUCUUUUAUCUUUUGCAUUUCUGCUGCUGUGAGAUUCAAUUUAAUGUUCACUGAGCAGUUACUUGGAAUCCUUAUUUUCAAGUUCCACUCUGUCAUAUUCCGAAGAAAGUAUAAAAAAGCACCUUAGGCCCCUUUGCUUUAGCACACCUUAGAGAUGGUCUGCUAGUUAGUUGUUGUGUCUUAAAUUCUUUCGGUGAACAGAAUUCAUCCUUGAAGAGUAAUCAAGAAGUUUGUAGCAAGAGCUGGUUGCAGUGUUGCUGGUUCCUGUAUGUUUACCUGGGCCAUGUAGAUUUCCUGCAAAGAUGGCAUUAUUUCAGCAUUGUGAAACAUAAAAUUAAUUCAGUUUUGGCAGUUCAAUUAGUGACAGUGGAGUGUUUUAACCAAAGUCUUUAUCUUAAAACUAAAGCAGAGUGCAGCUCAAAGCAAUGUGUCUGGUGCUGCAAAAAAUGUAUUUUAAAAGUUCCUUUAUGCUCACUCUGCAGCUAACAGAGAUGAUGGAGCUCUUCAGUCACUGGAACCAAGCAGUUCUGCAAAUACAUCUCGUGAAUUAAAGCUAAAUCGUCUUAUAUUUUAUAGAAUAUCUAUCUACACAUGUUUAUAGCUCUUGUUCUAUUUUAGUGCAAGAGAAUUUCAAAGCACUGAAUCAGAUUUUUACCAUCACAUAUCAGAAAUUUAAUCAGAUGAGAAAAAAAUAUAUUUGGCUGUUUUAAAAUUAGGUCAGGCUAACUGUUUCAGAUUUAGUCCACUGAUUUUGAUUAACUGGUCUUCUGGACUAACAGCUGUGUCUGGGAAGUGUGUAACCUGCAUUUCCAGCCUCACUAGGUAUGGAGCAAUCUCAUUUGGUCAGCUGCCCUUGGCUGAGCUCACCUUGGCAGUGUGACCCUGCCCAGGACAACGUGUAGCAUUCCAGUGGGAUUUUGGAGCAGUUUGAGAGCUGAUGGAAGGAACCAGCGCGGAGGCGUCUCAAGCGUUCCCAGGCAAACGGGGACUUUCAGCGACUGCUAUGUGGUCAGUCACUGAAAACUGUGACAUGAAAAGUUUGAGGUGGGUUAUCUUUGCUCUGUAAGUCAAGAGCAUUAUCUUAUAUCUGGGAUUUAGGAUUUAGUCCUAGGGCACCUUGUCUUUAGAAGGGAGGGAGCAAACAAAAAAAGGCUAGAUAUAUAUCAGUAACUCAGUUAACUGCUGUAAAAAGAAUUCCGAAAAUAUCAGUGUUUUAAAAAUGAUUGGUAUUUGCUGGGAUUUGUAUUACACUUGUUCAUGCUACAGUACUGAUAUUUAGCAUCUUUCUGCAUAUAACUUUGAAUUUGGGUUGCAAAGACAUUUCAGAAAUCACCCAGGCAGUUAGUAGCAUUCGCAGGCUCCUUGGUUACAUUUCAGCCCUGCCACAUUUGUUUUGGGAAGCAAUCUCCCCACCCUGUCUCCCACUUCCCCUUCUUUCUCUGGAUGCCUCUUGUUCAGGGGAGCCAGUUUUGCCAAACUCCAGUACCUGUUGAAAACUGCUCCUGAAAAUGUAGCAAGUUAUGAGUCUGAAAUUUAGCACUUUAAGUUAGUAACUGAGCAGGAAAGCCAGAAAAAUCUUUUCAUAUUUGCUGAAAACCUUGGUUCCCACAAGUAAAGGAGUGCAGUGCAUUACUGUGGUGCAUCAAGCGAGCCUAGAGCGUGAAGGGUGGCAAAGGUGUGUGGAAUGGACUGCUCAUUAGGACAGCUCUAAACCGCAUAUAAAUCUGUCUCCUUUUAGUCCUGGCAGUAGAAGCAAAUGGAAGAACCAGUCUUGAGCGAUUACAAAGGAAGAGAAGCUGCUUAAGAAACAGACCAUUCCCUGCCAACUUUUCUGAGAAUUUCUAAUUGAAAAUGACUCCUGGUAUUUCUUGGGAGGCACAAAACUGAGAAGAAAAUGAAGGCUGUUCUUGAGCAAAGGGUUUUGCGUUGUACUGAAUCCUGCCCAAACUUAUUCCUAAACAUAAAGCAGCUGCCUUCCCAAUACCUCUCUGAAGAAAUUAGUAAGCAAGAUUUUGCCUGUACUGAGUGAAGGAGAGCUUUUAGCUGUUCUAGUGUAAGGCUGGUGACCACAUUUUUUAAUCUUGAGAAAAUAGAGACGUUUCUAUUACAGAGCAUCAGUGAAGAGCUGAGAGAUCUGCUUCUUGUAUGAAGCUGCCUUCUCAAGUAAUAGACCUUCAUGUGAACUAGCUUAAUUCAUAAUGUCUCCGUAGUCCUUUGGCAGGACAGAAACAAAGUUUGGGUUGCGUUUUUUUUUUGUUGUUGUUGUUUGUUUUUGUAUCAGAAUAUUCAGGGCUUUUUUUACACAAGACACAAAACUUUUGUAUAGUAUCUGUGUAUAUGGUAUAUUUAACACUUUUGUUUAGUUCCUCUAUUUUUCCCUCUCCUGAGAGCAUCUGUAAGGAGCUGUUCUGGUUCCAGGGUUACAGAGCAGUUGUGUUUCUGCUUUAGGCAAAGGCUGGGGAGUAAACGGACCAAACGCUUCAGAGCAACAAGGUCGGUCAGUGAAGGAAUUGCAUCCUUAAUGAUCCUCCUGCUGUUUC